CAGUGGCCAGCAGCUCUACGGCGAGGUGCUUCGACCUUGCUCAAGCCUAGCACUUCCCGGUCUGGCAGCAUUGCAAACGUCCCUGCUGUGAGACAGAAAAUAUCAAAAUGUCCGGAGCACCUGAUCGCGAAGCAGUGUUCCCGACCAGGCAGUCGCUGGGUCUGAUGAAGGCUAAGCUCAAGGGAGCCGAGACUGGACACAGCUUGCUCAAGCGAAAGAGCGAGGCCUUGACAAAGCGAUUUCGAGAAAUUACCAAAAGAAUCGACGAGGCAAAGAGAAAAAUGGGUCGUGUGAUGCAAAUUGCUGCAUUCUCGCUCGCAGAAGUUACAUAUGCCGUUGGAGGUGACAUUGGUUACCAAGUCCAAGAAUCUGCCAAGUCGGCUCGCUUCCGCCUUCGUUCUAAACAGGACAACGUUUCCGGUGUCCUGCUACCGGCUUUUGAAAGCUAUCUGACUGAAGGAAAUAACGAUUUUGGCUUAACUGGUCUCGGCAAGGGUGGACAGCAAGUUCAACGAUGCCGAGAAACGUAUGCCAGAGCAGUCGAAGCAUUGGUGGAGUUGGCCAGUUUACAAACCGCCUUUGUCAUUCUUGACGAGGUCAUAAAAGUUGUAAACCGCAGAGUUAACGCUAUUGAGCACGUCAUUAUCCCUCGAACUGAAAACACAAUCAAGUAUAUCAACUCUGAAUUGGAUGAGCUCGAUCGCGAAGAGUUUUAUAGAUUGAAGAAGGUUGCUGGGAAGAAGCAGCGCGAUAAUGCCAUUGCCGACGCUGAGCUGAAGGCCAGGCGCGAGGCGCAGGCUGCAAAAGAAGCCGGGGAAACAAAGACGGACUCUAAGGCUACUGAAGAUGCGCCAGCGGAUAUCCUGGCUGCAGAUGAUGAUGAAGAGGUCAUCUUUUAAGUGCUGUAGAAUAUAUCAAACGGGGCAGACGUAAGCGACCUUGCUGAGGUCGUUUUGUUAUAAUUACAAAUACACGCUUUCAUUAUUACACUUGAUGGAAGAAGCUACUUUUGUUACAGUUUGACCACUAUUGGCGCUGGUAUGUCACCUUGAUCACCCUGUCGCCCAAUGUCAUACCGCCAGUGCUCUCCUUUGCCGAGACGGCACCGGCUUCAGCAUCGUACUCGACGAAAGCAAUGCCCUUGCGACCAGGAACGGUACGAACCUCCUUGAAACCCUCGAAGCGUCCAAAGAUCGCCGUAAGGCCCUCGACAGUAUAAUCCUCUGGCACAUUUUGUAAGAAAAGAAUCUUGUUGGGGGGUAGAUAUUCGUCCGGGAUGACCGCGCUUUGUGGUACACUUGUAGACUUGAGGCCCGACGAUUUGGCUAUCUUGGAUGGGCGGUCGUGCUGAUCCUGGGCCGCUCGCUUUCCGUUGCGCUGCUCUUCGGCAGCCUGGGCAGCCUUUUUCUUCU